AUGUAUGCACGAAAACGUCUGGGUUCCAAGCAAAGUCUCAAUAUCAUCACGAUGCUGACGUAUGCCCAAAAUAUUGUUAGCUUACCUAUUCUAGGGUGCUACUUGUCGCAAUGUACAAAUUUUCAUUUAUUUAUUUUUUGUCCAUUCAAUUCGAUCUUUGUAAUAUGCUAUGCGGGCUGUUCGGCUACAGCAAUUCUGUUAGCCAACCAAUUAGCUCGAUCGGAACAUGUAUCACUACGAAAGGAAUACCUGCCACGGUCGAUGGGUACCACAGAAGUUGUCAUUUAUAAAAGUAACAACAGUCAUUUUGCAUCCAGAAUUCGUGCUAUGGAUUCCAAAACACGUUUCGUGAAACGUCCUCAAGAAGACAACAAUCACUGCAAACAAAAAGCGCAUGAUGAUUUGAUCACCCAUGUAUUAACGAAGUUGUCAUAA